AUGCAGAACGUGCAAAAACGCUUUGGUCGAAUGACCUCCAAGCGAACCGCCGAUGACAGCCAGGUCGCUGUCCUUUUAAAGGAUUUCGAGGACGCCGAUUCGUUGUUGUCUAGGAUCGCAGAAUCUACAAGAGCCUGGCGUGAUGCUUGGGUGUCAAUUGCGACCUUUCAGAGUCGCAUGGCAGAUGAAUUCGAUGGAUUCUAUGCGCCCAUUAUCGGUUCAUCUGAAACAGAAUCCCCGCAUCGACCCGUGGAAACCGAUCCCACCCUCUUGGGUCGAACCAACCGACUACGAAAGGAAUUCGAUGAGCUUCGUGAAGAGAUGAUCCAGGAGCUCGAUGUUACCGAAUUCGAAAUCUAUCAGGGCAAGGUCGAUAGCCUCAUCCAUAAACCGAAGCGCAGCGAACGCGAAAAUGCCAAUCUUGCCAAGGCGCAGGUCGAUCUCGCCAGUGCGAAGGAGGUAUAUCAAGCUGCGGACCAAGACCUCCGCCAACGCCUGCCACAUCUGAUCUCCCUCCUUUUCUCACUCGUACCCUUCAUUCUCACAGCCCAAAUCGAGACUCAGAACCGCAUGCUAGGCACAUACUACACAGUGAUCCUCGCCUUCUGUGAAGAGACCGGACUGCCAUCACCACCAGCCCCAUUCGACCAGAUAGUAUCAGACUACCAACUCGUCCACGAUCCCGUGCAAAGCGAGAUCGAGAGCAUGAACUGCCUCAUCCAUGGCAAGGCCCUCCGAGAAGCACAAGCCAAAGAACUACAGAACAAACGUCCUUCCCUCGGCAGUCGCAACGCAAGCGUAGCAACCAAUACCUCACGCCCAUCCCUCUCCUCCCGGCCAUCCCUUUCAUCUAUCUCAUCCAGCAUUCGCGGCAAACCAGCCGCUCAACCACCAAUGCUCGGCCCAAAGCCCACCACCUGCGCAGAGGAAAUCCGCGCCACCUCUCCAUCCUCUUCAUACAUGGCAUCCCGCAGCUCCGUCUCCGCCUCUAUCGCUAGUACGUCAGGCACAUCUCCGCUUCCAUCAGCACAUGGCUCUUGGAUGCCCCCUCCAGACAGCAUGCUGUCUCCGCAAACCACGACCCCCGUCCCCAGCGGUGUCUCCUUUUACCCAGCUGCCCGGCCGACGGAUCAUUUCCAGCACAGUCGUUCCCAGCAAAGUUCGCUUCAGCCCGGACCAAGCAUACCCUUCACAAACGCCGAGCCCUUCGCUAUGGCUGCGCUGAAGAAGAAGAAACCCCCACCACCACCCCGUCCAACAUUCGUCACGGCAUUGUACGACUUUGAUGGACAGGGUGAUGAUGAUUUGAAAAUUAGAGAAGGCGAUCGGAUUCGCAUCGUGAAGAAAACUAAUAGUACGGAUGACUGGUGGGAAGGUGAGCUUAGUGGUGUGCAGGGGUAUUUCCCGGCGAAUUAUGUCGAGUAA